CUUUUGCAUGGAUUCGUACAGUGUUUACAUUUAAAAUAUAAAUGAGUUAACAAAUCCAUAGUUAAAUAAAUAUAUAACUUUGUUUAGUUUAAGCAAAACGAUGAAUGUAAUUAUUGUGUGCGGUCUGUAAGCCGCGACAAUGUUGCGCACUAGAAACAAACGUCUAAUUAUAAUAGGCUAAAUAGGUCAAGACUGCGUAUAGUGGCGUAGGACCAUAGUAUUAUUAUAGCAAGGUACAACAACAAAUUUUACAAGUGAGUAACUAAUUUCGAUUUUUGACUGUGAAUCAGUAAUUCAGUAGUUGCCCUAAUUAAAUUUGGUUGCAUUGGACAUUGGAAUUGGGAGAUUUCUGUUCAUGACAUAAUGACACAUAGACUCUAACUCUAAUCAUUGGAAUUAAAAUAAAGAUAGUACUAGUAUUAGUACACAUGCAUUCUCAGACCCCUCUGCUUCUGCCUUUAAUUAUGACACUUUAAAAUUAAACAAUCAGAUGUCAUAAAUUAAUAAUUUAAUUCAUUAUUAUUUCUAAUCUAUGUGAAAAAAAGAAGAUAUCUUGUAUCUUAUCUCAAUAAUUAAUCUUAUUUUAUUUUAAGGAAGAUCUAAUUUAAUGUCAAAAAUUUUUAUUGGUAUUGCAAUAUUUAAAAAAAAUUUCUUCAAUAAAAAGAUUAUAAUAAUUUAAUAUUUUUUGCAUUGCAGUGGAAUAGCUUUUUAAAUGGAGCAAAGCUAUUCUAGAAAAUGGGGUACCAUUUACCAAAAAUUAAGAUACAAGAUGUCAUUGUUGUGCUUACAGAUAUUGUUAAUGCUAUUUUUCAAUCACCAUGAAACAUCGGGUAAGCUUUUUACAACCUUUAGUGGUCUGAAAAGUUUUUUCAAACAAGCAUAAAGUUAGGCUCAGGCUGGGGAUCAUGAUUAAAGCUGCCUUAUGAUGGAUUAGAGGUGGAGACGGCUUUAAUGGAUUUUAGGUGAAGAUAGGCUGGAUACCACACAAUAACAAAUGGGAGGGCCGCACAAGUUUGAUUGUUCAAGCCAGUCAUAUGGAUAGGGACAACCCCUAAUGCCUGCUAAAAAUGACCAUUUGUUCCCUAGAGUGGAAAGAGGGAAAGAGUGGAAAAAACCAACUCAAGAGCCAUUAUAAUUAUAUAAUUGUAUGACCCAUCUGUUCUAAUUUAAAAUAUUUUCAUUUUGCAAGCUAAUUUGCUUAAUUUUGUAAAGAUUCAAUAUAAAAAAAUUAAUUUGUUUAAAAUAGUAGCAGCAGAUGAUGUUUAGACAUUUUAAAAUUAAGAUUAUCCAUUUAAAAUGUCAAGUUUAGGGAAUUGCAAAUUUUUAUUGAUUUUUUAAAAAGUGUACAACCCAUAUCAUGUUAUUUCAAUUUUUAAAAUGACAGAUUUAAAAUUAAUUACUAAGACAAUAAUAAACAAGUGCACAUAUUUAAAAUUUGUGUUUAUCUCUGAGAUUCAUUUUGCAGCUUUAGCUAAUAGUUUUGGGAAAUACUUUGUGGUAGCAGUUCCUAGGCUGCGUCAACAAAGAAGUACAGAUAUCCCUUCCAUCCAUUUCUAUCUUUCAACAGUGUUCUCUGCAAAAGAUGUAGAGGUAAGUUUUUUUUUUUUUUUUUUUUUUUUUUUUUUUUUUUUUUUUUUUUUUUUUUUUUUUUUUUGUUUUGUUUAAUAAAGAGAAGAGAAAUAUCACCAAAAAAUAGCUUAUGAUGAACUUUUUUGUCUUAACAAAAAAUGUAAUUUAAAUAUAUUAACUUUUAAACAUUUUUAAAAACAAUGACUUGUACUUGUAGACUUAUCCCAUCCUUAACAUAUGCUGACAUUCUCACUAUCAAAGCCAGUGUUUUAUUGGUAAUGGGACCAUCCAUAAUUGAUGCAACGCAUCUAGGUGGGAGGGGGGGUCACAAAUAAGUGACAUUGCCUAGCUUUGUGUGACAAUUUGUGACAAAGAUUGGGAGGGGGUAAAAAAUUUGAUCAAAAUAGUGUGAAAUCUGUUAUUGAUGGUUCCAUACACUCAUAUGUGUUUUCUUGUAGGUUUUUAUCACUACACCACACUAUGGGGAUUCCACUCUUAAACACUUCCUGGUGAUUCCUAAAGAUGGUUUUCGUGAAUAUUCUCUAGACAGAAAGUACUUGUAAGUAUUAAUGAAAUAUUUUUAAAAUUAUAGUUAGAAUGUUACUGAAAAUUGUAUAGCUUGUUAAAUAUUUGUUAAAAAUGCAUUAAAAUUUUUUAAAACUCAUCCUAUUCAAAUUGGAAGCUCAUUUCAACUAAUUUCAAAAUAUUCCGAGUACAAUGUAUCCACACUUUGAUUUCAAAGUCUAUCAUUAAUAACUUCAUGAUAACUUCAUUUUUUUUUUUUUUUUUUGACUUUUUACCUCUUUUCUAGCCUUUGGGAUUGAAGUUUUUUUUUUAAAUAAACUUUUUUAUUAUUAUUAUUAUAAUAUCAAAGUCUAUCAUUAAUAACUUCAUGAUAACUUCAUUUUUUUUUUUUUUUUUUGACUUUGUACCGCGUUUCGAGCCUUUGGGAAUGAAGCUUGUUUUUUAAAUAAACUUUAUUAUUAUUAUUAUUAUAAUCAGAGGCAGAGUGGAGAAAUAUUUAAAAAUGAUGUAAAAUGAGAUCUUGCCAACAGUUUUUCAAUUGAUUUAAAAAUGUCAUUAAAGUUAUUUAUGAUUCACCUAUCUAAAAUAUGUUAAAUAUAGGUAGAUUGAUUAAAAGUCAGGCCUAUGUUGGCAUUGAAAUCUUUGUUUGCAUAUUUGGUAAUUAAACGAAAGAAAUUUUUAAUACAGGUGAAGGAUCUAAAAAAUAUUGGGCAUAAUGUUCAAUUCUCUUGUUAUUCCAGUUCAAAUCAGGAAAUUGGUAAAAAAUGGACUUACUUACUUGCUGGCAAAGAAUAUUUUGGGCUGUAUGUCAUGUUAAUUGAAAAUGAAAAGUCAGUGGCUACAUUCCAAGCCCUACCAAUUGAAGAAUGGGGAACCAAGUAUUAUGCUUUUACGUUAAGGUAAAGUUACAUAUCAGCUUUAUAUUUUUCUUGUUUUAGCCCAUUAAUAAUAAUUGACUCAUUUCAUUCACUGUUUUAGAUUUCGUGUUAUACCCCAUUGUUAUGUAGCACAAUUUCCUGUGCGUGAACUUUCCUCGACCUCACAGGACACUCCUAGCAGACACUAACGUCUGUUGUGGGCGUGGCUAAAUGUCUUUGAAGUAUCUUGUUUACAAUCGACUUCCAAUUACGCAUUGGGUAGAAUGUCUCUGGGUAUCUUCUGGAAUGUACUCCUUAACCCGAGAUAUGUAAACAACACGUCAUAAGCCCUUCUGGAAGCGUCUUACUCUACAUGUAUAUAAAGGAUUGACAGAUACGAAGAGAGGGAGAUUUCAGAUAGAUUUUCUUAACAUUACGAGGCGUGUUUUAUUCUUUGUGUAUUUGUGUGCUCAUAUGUGUUUAUUUCGCAUUAUUUAUUGGCACAUUAUUCUAACUGUGUUAACUGUGUACCGGUACAAGAUCUACCAUACUGUAAGUUGAAGAUUGUAAUUAUAUUUUCUUUUCUUUUGUAAUUAUCUUAAGAAUUAAUAAAUCUUAUUAAUUGUAACUAGAAGCUGUUUUGGGUCGUAUCUUUAAUAUUGUUGAUUCUAUGGUAUCGUCCUUUGUUAGGCACUGUUUACAACGAGCCAAUUAAAGUUAAAAUAGGAGAUUAAUUUCUCCCAAUAUAAGUCAGUGCGUAACACCCAUCAAUGUUUGAUUGACUUAUUGCUGCAAUUUAAUGAUUUCCACACAGCAGUAAAUGAGUAUCAAAUAUCAUUAUGUUACAAAUAAAUGCUUUCAGUGAAAACAUUUCUACAAUGCUCAGUCAGGGCACUAACAUUAAUUAGGGCAUUUUUUUCAAAUUGAUUACAAAUCUAUUUUUAAACAAUUUACAAUUUUUGUACUAUUUAUUUAGAAAAUGGAUUCGAUGAGUGAAUAAAUGUGAAACUUUUUAUAGAUAUAAAAAAACACCUGGUUUAUAACAUAAAAUUUGAAACAAUGUAUGUAAUUUGAAUUUCAGAUUCAAUCCUUCAAUUCAGAUAAUUUCUAGUGAAAAUGAUAAUUUUGUGUCAGUUUCAUUGAAAGUUGCUAAUCCUGAACGCUUUAGCCUCAUCUACAAGGGUCAUGAUUACAGCAAUGCAGAAAAGGAUUUUGAAUUUAACUUAAAAAGGUUUGCUAAAUUUGUAUGUCUUCUAAUUCUAAUCUCCCAUACAAGGUUCAAGUAGAUUUUUCCUCUUUAUUUAAAUUCUAGCUUUGAGUAGAUGAAUCACUUAAUGCAAAUAAGUUUCAUAGAAUUGCCUUAUCAAACAGGAGAUAAAAAUAUUUUUUUCCUAAGCAUCAACUAUAAGAAAAAAUGGGGAUUAUCAUUUUAUGUUGGGGAUGAUUGCUUAAAUUGAAAACAUUUAGAAAUAAUGAUAAAUAGUUUAGAAAAUCAUUAUUCUCUACUUUGAUUACAAAAAUGUGGCUCACUUUUUCAUAAGAAACUUUUAACACAACUAAAUUAAACUUAAAAAGCUAAUACAGGUGUAAAAUUUGACUAUCAAUUAAAGUGCAAUUUAAAAUAGCACUGCUCAUUAUGUCUUUAAUUUUCAAGAAACAUGUACCACUAUGUUAUGAAUGGACUAAUGAAGUAAGCUUUCAAAUUAUGUUACCCCUGUAAGUAAAUCUAUCCAGCAAUAAUUAAGAGGAGGUAUAACCACCAUCUUACUUACUUUCUCAUGAAAUAAACUACUUUUUAUUUCAGAUGGGAAGCUUUCACAAUCUCAAAUUGUAAUGAUGCUCAGGCAUACAUGACAGGUAAAAAAUAUUUUUGAAAUAUUAAAAUACCUAAAAACCAAGACAAACAUUCUUUUCAAAAAGUAGUAUAUAUUUGAAAACAAAAUGCAUAGUCUAACUAAAUAAUUACUAUAAUACUAUAAAUUAAAGAAAGUGUGUUCUAGGGUAUGCAAGGUCUUACGAAAGCCAAAAUGUACUAUCAAUAUUCUUAAAAUAGUACAUUUUUAAUCACUGCAUAUGAGAAAAGCAUCAUCCAUCCAUCCAUCCCUGUGGCGCUACAGCCCAUGUAGGGCUUUGGCCCGCCUCGCUACUUCCUUCCACUGAGACCUAACUGAUGCUUUACUUUUCCAUGCUUGGAUUCCCAGCUGCUGUAGAUCUUUUUCCAUCAUCCAUCCAUUUAAGCCUUAUGUCUGCCUUUGAGCCGUUUUCCUCUGGGGUUUUGGUGAUGUACUCUCUUCACUCCUCUGUCAUUUGGCAUUCUCUCUAAGUGUCCUGCCCAGCGUAGCCUGCCCUUUUUUUUAUUUCUGCUACUAGCGGAUCCUGAUAUAGCCUGUACAAUUCCUGGUUGGUUCAUAUUCUCCAUCCAUAUUCAUCCUUUGUUGGUCCAUAUAUUUCCUGGAGAACUUUUCUCUCCCAUUUGUUUAAUAGGUUUCUGCUGUUAAAUUUAGGGCCUACUUUUUAUUACAUUACUUAUGCUGUGGUUUGGCAUCCAGAGUACAUUGACUUUCUCUCUGUUAACUAGGAUUUAACACUACAAGUUGUUUGAAAAAUCUGAUUUUUACUAUUUAAAAAAAAAAUUAACCUGCGUUAUAAACAACUUUUCUUAAGUACUCUUUCAGUUUAAUUAAUGGAAUUAUGUUGCAACUUAUUAUGAAUCAGUUGUUUUUUAUUUUUUGAAUUGUUGAAGUAAAAAAAACUACUUAAUAUCUACUGGGGUAAAAAGGGGAGAGACUGCAAUCAGGUUAGUACAAAAUAAAAUGAGUAAAACAGAGUAGGGUUAAACCUGAAAAAAUAAAAUUUCUUAUUUUUAUUUUUAUACCGUUUUUUCUGUUGUUUUGUUCGCUGACGAAGGCUUUCUGCCGACACAUUCGCUGUUUUGUUGCGUUUAUUUUUUCAGGUUUAACCCUACUCUGUUUUACUCCUUUUAUUUAAUAUCUACUGUAAUUUAAAUUGCAUAUUAUUACCUUUUAUUUCACUGGAUUAUAUACUAUCUUUAAAAUACUGUAAUGUGUUUUAAUAUCUUCUUUAAAAACAAAAUGCUUUAUCAAUAAAUCACUAUAUGUUAGAUAAAUUAAAAGUUAAGAAUGUAGUUGCGUGCAAAUUUUGUUUUGUUGAAUUAUUUUUUUUUUAAAAAUGAUGACAAUUUUACUUCUUCAGGUUCGACUAUUACUGGAUUAAAGACCAUUGGUGUAAUUAGUGGCAACUGUCCAGGAAGAACCUAUAGCAGGUUUUGUAAUUUACCAAGCAGUCAUACACUGGGCGAGAGUGCUACAGAUAUUGUUGCUGGUCAGUUUUCUUAUGGCUUUUUAGUUAGUGGAUUUGUUGAAGUAGUAAAUGAAAAUUUGUGCGAAGUAAAUACAGCAGACAAUUUUGUUUUAGUUUUUUUUUAAAUUUACUUUAAGGGCCAUCCAUAAAUGAGAUACCCAUCUAAGUGUGGAGGGGUCAAGAGUUUGUGGACCAUGUGUGAUGAGGGUUUCUUACCUUUUGACUUGUGACAUGACCAGGAAGUGGGGGGGGGGGUCUGCCACAAUAGCGUGAAAUCAGUUAUGGAUGACCCCAUACUUUGUCAUUGAUUGGAGGGGUAAAGAAUGGCUGACAGUCUAAAUUUUUCUCAAAUUAUUAUGGUUAAGUCUCAAUAUUUUUUUUAUUUUCCUCCUUGCUGCUUUAUAAAGAAUGAGUUUGUUGUAUUGCUUAAUUUUUUCAAAGGAUCUCACUUAUAGCAUCAUUUGUAAACCUCUAAAAAAUGAUUUCUUACUAAAUCAUAUCAUAUUUGCUUUCCUUUUUUUUUCUUUUUUUGUUAGAGAUGCUGAGGCCAGAAACUGGAUCUGGAACAGAGUUCAUAUUUGUGGGCAUCCCUGCAAGAAGCUCAUCUCCUUCAGCUAUGGUUGUGAGUACUGCUAAGAACACACUGGUUGACAUAGUAACUUCGGCAGAUGGCAGGACAGUGUCAUGGAUUUUUCUUAAGCCAGGGGAAUGGAAAGAAUUUGAAGCUGUAAGUAACUUAUUUAUCAAUAAGUUUCUAUUGUUUAAAGAAAUUUAACAUUUUCUUAACAGAUCUCUGAGGGAAUUUUAAUUAUUGACAUCUGAUUUAUGCUAUCAAUUGGUUAUGGAGCUUGUUAAUUUGGUCAAAUCAUAUAAUAAAUUAUGUAUUUAUAGAGUUAAUUCCCCUUUUCAUUAGGACUUUAUCAAAGGCAACUGUGUUAUCAAAAGUGAUCAAAAUGUACACGUACUGAUAGUUCAAAGUUCCCCAUGCUCAAAUAUUGAUGGAUAUAUGGUGGAACCUCUUGGUGACGCAGCCAUAAGCCUGCUCAUUCCUAAUUCACAGUUUUUUAUGAGAUAUCAUUGGAAGUAAGUAAAGCUUUAAAAAAAAAAGUGCAUCUGAUUAUUAGGGUUUUCUUGUUUUGUUGCUGACCCGCUCAAACAUCAGUUCUCUUCUGUUAUUUUUAAACUUUUCAGUACUGCUGGGACAUCCAAAAAGACAUAUAUUGUGAUUGUUGCUGAAUGGCCGAACACAACUGAUCUUUUGUUGGAUGAUAAAACCUUGUCCUCUGAGUAAGUUACAGAAAUGUAGAAUAGUUUAUUUUAUUUUAAGAGUAGUAAUUAAAUAUGAAAAGCAAAUACUGAAUUAAGGAAUUGGUCAGUUCGCAUUGGCUGAUGAUUGACGUGAGUACUCAUUUUGUGACUAUGAAUGAGCCAAGUUGAAAUUUGCAGUAAAUGAAGAAAAGAUUUUGAAAUAUUUAUAUUUUUAAGUCAAUCUAAAACAUAGGCCAUAAAUUGCAGCUUUAUUCAAAAUUUUCAGAAUUAGACUUCUACUCAAACUACUGAUUUGUUAGCAUUUUCAUUUCACUGACCUCCAUUUUCUAGCUUACCUUUUAUUAAGAACUAGGCUUACUAGUAAUUAAAAAAAAUAUUAUUAUAUCAUUGUUUCAUUUUAAAUUGUUUGUUGUUGGACUUAAAUAUUUUGAUUUCUAUUUCUCUUUAAGUGUUGAGUGGGCUCAAGUUUUCGGGUCAACCAAGUUUCGAGUUGCCAAUAUAGAGGUGUCACAAAAUUCACACUCACUUGUUUCAACAAAAUUCAAAUAUUUUGGAUUAUAUCUCUAUGGCUUGUCAGAACAAAUGGCAUACAUGCAUCCAGUUGGAUUUAACGUAAGGAUUUUACUUUAACAUUGAUCAAACGUGCGAAAUGAAGUUAGACAAAUAGCAUUUUACACAACUGCAUUAACACCCACAAUUAUUUUAGUGAAAUAAAAAAUUUUAAGAACAGUUUUAAUGGAUUAGGCCUACAUUUUGUUUAUCAGUGAGUCUUUGAAGUUAAAGAUAUGUGUCCUAAAUAUAAUUUAUAAACUAUCAUCAUGAUUUUGGCUACUUUUCAAAAGACAAGGCACGACAAGAUAAAAAAUGUCAUAUGAGAUGGCUUAGGCAAUGUUUUCCAUUUUUAAUUUGAUUAAUGAGAGUUAACAGAGGUUUAUUUUACUUUAUAAAACAACAUCGUAAAUACAUUUUCAGGAGCUUUGAAAUUUAUCUUUAGACAAAUUCAUUUCAAUUUGGUGGAUCAUUUUUUUAAAAUUGUGCAUGUGUUAUAUGUUAGUUACAAAACUGUUAUGGACUGUAUUUAAGUAAUUUUUUUUUUAACACCAUUCUUAUAACUGUCCUCAAAAUUGCUGUGAAGUUGAUAGUUUUGUUAUUUAAAUUAGCAGUACUUAAUCCUUUCGCUUGAAAGCUGCCAUCACAAACCCUUAGCCAACUUUAAGCAAUAGUGCAGAAAUGCAGCAUUUAAUCAAUGUCUGAAUUGCAACAGGGAUGUAAAUUUAACUCAACUUUGACAAAGAUAAAUUUCGAUAAAGACUGUGACUACCCAUCAGAUAAAGAAAUGUAUGGAAUUAUAGGUAAGAUUGAGGAAAUGUUUUGAAAAAUGUUACAAUUCUUUGCUUGUGGGUGUGUGGGAGGGGGGUGGGGGAGAAGAUAGGAGGAAGGGAGGAGGGUGGGGGGUAAUUAAAAUCCUCUUAUAAAUUGGCCUAAUCUUAAAUGUAUAUAAUUAUAUCUUCAGCCAUGGGUUUAAGUCUCAAAAUCUCCACCUUGUAUAUUGAUAGCCCAUCAUUUUCACUGUGUAGAUGUGAAUAAUGAGCUUGGUUCCACAGAGAGACUUAACAAAAAAUGAGGCACUUUUAGGGUUCUCUAGCCAGGACCAAAUUUACUAUCUUCUUGGGAAACUUAAGAAUUCCUUGUCAGAUCCUAAAAUUUUAGUUCAACCUUCACUUGGGGGGGAAAUUGUUUACAGAGAUUCAUUUCUGAACUUGGCUAAAUAUUUUUCAAAUUUAUCAUGCAUAAAUUGAAUUCGUCUUUAGUUGAUAAUUUAGUUGACCUGUUUAUUCAAACUAUCCAAAAAGCCUGAUCCAGAGUCCGAAGAAGGUUUUGUUGUUCAUACUGAAGGUACCGGUCAUAUCAUAAUUUAAGAAUCAGGUGUAUCUACUCAAAUAGCAGUUCAAAAAGUCAGGAAUAUUAUGAACAAAAUAUAUGGAAGCUUGAAAUAUAGAAAACAACAGCAUUUAAACUGUUGUUGCUGUGUUUCACAUUUCAAGCUUAUAAUUAUACAUCUCUUGUUUAUAUUACCUUCGCAUGGUUGAACGCACCCUCCAAAAAAUUAUCCUUCAGAAAAGAACAAGCCUUUGCUAUUUAUCUCAUCAUUUGAAAGCGUAAGAAAGUGUAAAUAUUGUGAAUCUGGAAACAAAAGCUGUGUUGAGUUGAUGGAUAGGACAAGUUUUCAUGACAUUUUUAAAAAUAGAUUUUAAAAAAUAAUGUUGGAUUUUGAAAUCAGCCUCCGCUUAAAUCAAUGUUCCACAUAGUUUAUUUUGAACCCCUCAUACAGGGGAUGUUCAUUUACAAACCAUGCUUUGCUGAUUGAGUGAUGGAGUAGUCACUUAUUAACUUUCACCACUGUUUACAAGCCAUACUUUGCUGUUGAAUUCACAAAUGAGUUAAUACUUUUUAAAAAAUAAUUAUUGUACCCAAAAGGCCAAGGUUUGGACCUUUUCAGAAAAAAUUAAGGCAUUGUAAAAGCACAUUUGUUUCAAACUUAAUUUUGCUCGGCAUUUGUUAUUUCUUAUUGCAUGUCUUAAUGUUAAAUUGAGUCAUAGCUGCAGUAAUAAUUGAUUGAAGCAUAUAUGAAAAAGUGGCAUACUGUUCUAUGUAAAUUAAACGCACAAAAAACACAGUGAUCAAAAUUACUAAUGAAUCAUAAGACUCUUAAACUAUUGAAAUUAAACAGUAAAUAUUUAAAUCUCUAACUUUUCAGAAUCAGGCCAAACAGACGCGCCAGUAGGUUAG